CGUUACAGUGUCACUGCCAUCUAUGUACAAAAGACAACUUCACAUGUGUGACAGAUGGGCUAUGUUUUACCUCAGUAACACGAACUGCAGACAAAGUCAUACACAAUAGUAUGUGUAUAGCAGAAAUCGAUCUGAUUCCCCGAGACAGGCCGUUUGUUUGUGCCCCCUCCUCCAGAGAUGGAGUCAUUACUUUGCCUCAUUGCUGUGACAGAGACCACUGCAAUAAAAUAGAACUUCCAAUUCCAACACCAGGCCCUACUCCGGGAAAACCAUCUUCUAACCUGGGACCUGUGGAACUGGCUGCUGUCAUUGCUGGACCUGUCUGCUUUGUCUGCAUUUCACUAAUGUUGAUCCUAUAUCUUUGUCAUAAUCGUACUGUAAUUCAUCAUCGUGUGCCAAGUGAAGAAGAUCCAUCACUGGAUCGUCCCUUUAUAUCGGAAGGAACUACUUUGAAAGAUUUAAUUUAUGAUAUGACAACUUCAGGCUCUGGGUCAGGUUUACCUUUACUUGUGCAAAGAACAAUUGCAAGAACUAUAGUACUUCAAGAAAGCAUUGGUAAGGGUCGCUUUGGAGAAGUCUGGCGAGGGAAGUGGAGAGGAGAAGAAGUUGCUGUGAAGAUCUUCUCUUCAAGAGAGGAACGCUCGUGGUUUCGUGAAGCAGAAAUUUAUCAAACAGUUAUGCUACGGCAUGAAAACAUUCUUGGCUUUAUAGCUGCAGACAACAAAGACAACGGAACGUGGACUCAGCUGUGGUUGGUGUCGGACUAUCAUGAGCACGGAUCACUGUUUGAUUACCUGAACAGGUACACAGUAACAGUGGAAGGGAUGAUAAAAUUAGCUUUGUCCACUGCCAGUGGUCUGGCUCAUCUUCACAUGGAAAUUGUUGGUACUCAAGGCAAACCAGCAAUUGCCCACAGAGAUUUGAAAUCAAAAAAUAUAUUGGUAAAAAAGAAUGGAACAUGCUGCAUUGCAGACCUAGGAUUGGCUGUUAGGCACGAUUCAGCGACAGACACAAUUGAUAUUGCCCCAAACCACAGAGUGGGAACAAAAAGGUACAUGGCACCUGAAGUUCUAGAUGAUUCCAUAAAUAUGAAACAUUUUGAGUCAUUCAAGCGAGCAGACAUCUAUGCAAUGGGAUUAGUGUUUUGGGAAAUAGCACGGAGAUGUUCAAUCGGUGGAAUCCACGAAGAUUACCAGUUGCCAUACUAUGACCUCGUUCCUUCAGAUCCUUCUGUUGAAGAAAUGAGGAAAGUUGUAUGUGAGCAGAAGUUAAGGCCCAAUAUUCCAAACAGAUGGCAAAGCUGUGAGGCAUUGCGAGUAAUGGCGAAAAUUAUGCGGGAAUGCUGGUACGCCAACGGAGCUGCUAGGCUAACAGCUUUGCGCAUUAAGAAAACAUUAUCGCAACUUAGUCAACAGGAGGGGAUAAAGAUGUAAUCCUGGAUUUGCUACCGAAAAAUACUGUAAAAAUCUGUAUCUGCACCAGAGUGGCGUGUUAAGAAGGUUAAUUGUUCUACCUCACUGGGGGAACAGAAGGAUACUGCUGCCUUUUAGUACUUCAUAGGAACGUCACUUACUAGGAUUUUUGUGGAUGUGCUGAACAGAUGUGUUGGGUCCUUUUCUGUGCACUAUGAACCUCUUUCCCAGGUUACUUACAAAACAUUGCGUAGUCUAGUUUUAUUUUUAUUAACCUCUUUUUUUAUUUGGAAAGUUGAUAGCUGGUCUUAACUUCUAGUUAACUGUGCUAAAAAUAGGAGGUCACUUUUAAAAUGGAGCUGGUUCACUAUAUUGUUCUAGAGUGCAUUGGUGGCUCUUUAAGCAGCUUUAUUCCUGGCUGGUACAUUGGCUAUUCUGAACCAUCAUCACGCUUCUCUGAUUCAGAUUGUGAAUGUACUGUUGGAGUAUACUUUGCUAGCUAUUAAGGCAGUAUAUCUUGGACUCUUACCUUGAUUUACAGAUUGACCUCGUUCAGUUGUGGGAACAUAAUUUAUGCAACUAUACUUUAUACAUGA